AUCCUUCAUAAAAUAUAGCACUUAUUAACAAUUGCUAUGAACAACAUGUGGCUGACUUUAUUAAAAAUGUGGAAAUACGUGUUAAUACUGACUUUGGCCAAUUUAUUGGAGGCAUCGAGCUCCUUCUCGAAGAUCGAGCAUUUCGACACGGGUACUACGAACGUGCUAUAUGGUUCCGAACGAAUCAUAAAAUGUGAAAUUCAUUCAAGUGUACCAAUACAAAUUCAUUGGUACCACACCAAUGAGAAAUCAGGCCGUAUGAAUAAAAUAGUAGCUUCGGAAAAGUAUUCGAUAUCAGAGAAUGGAACUGAGCUAAGAAUCAUGAAAAUGGAUUUUGAUAUGGUGGGUCGUUACAUUUGUGUAGCAAGCCAUAGUAAGAAAGUUGGGAUAAUAUUGAAGCCACCUAAGAUAACUGGUACUAAUGAAAUCAGGGUUAUUCGAGGUACAAAUGCUGUAAUAGAAUGCAAAAUAAUCGGAGGCUUACCAAGACCGAAAAUAACUUGGGAAUAUAAGGACAAAUAUGAACAAAACUUUAAACCUAUACCUGGGUCAGGAGAUAAGUUAAGUCUAUUGAGUGUGACCGACCAAAAAGGAGGAAGUUACAAAUGUGUGGCAACGAACGUCGCGGGAGAAGAUGAUCAUAUCACGAACCUUGUUAUUGAUUUUCCACCAACAAUUUCACAAUCUAUGGAGAUAUACGAAAUCAUUGAAGGAAAAUCAUUGACUUUACCUUGCAAAGCUGUUGGUAAUCCAAAACCAGUUAUCGAUUGGAAAAGAAAUGGAACUGCAAUAUCAUCCAGUGAAAAGUAUUCUAUAGAAGAUGGUGCUUUAGUUAUAAAGAAUCUGAAUGAAAGUGACUCCACAUCAUACACAUGUGAAGCUCAAAACUAUGUCGGUUCAGCAAAUGCGGCAUUUAUUGUGAGAGUUUAUACGGCUCCAAAAAUAUCGGGAUUGGCUGAAGUUAAAGUCAUUAGAGGUUCUAAUGCGGUCAUAGAAUGCAACAUUAUUAAAGGCGCGCCAGCGCCUAAUAUAACUUGGUUAUAUUGGGAUAAAGUUGUAUAUAAGAAUUUGGAAAAAUCAUUCGGUUCUAAAAGGUUACUCCUACCAAAUGUGGAAGAAAAUAAUGCUGGAAAUUAUAAGUGUGUGGCAGUAAACAUCGCAGGCACAGACGAACAUAUUACCACACUUAUUAUUGAAUCACCACCAACUAUAGUUUCAGAAUCAUCCAUUGAGUAUGAAGGACUUGAAGGAGAUAUAGCGUUUAGAAUUCCAUGUGACGUCAUCGGUAAUCCACGACCACUGAUCACGUGGAAAUUAAACGGCAGACUUAUAAAUCCCGAUAGCAAAUACGCGAUAGGUGAUGGCGCUCUCGUUAUUAAGAAUCCAGUUGAAAUGAACACUACUUCAUAUACAUGUGAAGCUAAAAAUGAUAUAGGUUCAGCUACAAAGACAUUUAAAGCAAGGGUUGAUAAAUUUAUUAGCCGGUCGGAAAGAAGCAAGUACGUUUACAUACUAUGGGGUAAAACUACAAAACUGGAUUGCGAAGGGUAUAAUUCUUCAUCUCAAUCAGUUCGAUGGUUCAUUGAAUCAGAAGAAGUUCUUACAUUGAACCCUUACAUGGAAAUACUGAAACCUACACUUUCUAAUGACGGCAACUACACGUGUCGUAUAAGUGAUGCUCACGGAUACGCACGCACACAUACAUACGUGGUCGAUGUUGGAUACCCACCGAAGGUUCCAGAUAACUUCCAAAUAGACGACUGGCGUGGCGAUGUGGGAGAUAUCUUAGCUCAUUGUGAAAGUGAUGCAAAACCGGAGGCACAAGUGCAAUGGAAAUUCAAUGGCAAAGUGUUAACCAAUGAAGAUUUAACAAAAAUAGGUGAUCAAUUUAAAUGGGGAAACUACACAUGUACCAUAAGUAAUGUGCACGGAACAGUCACUCGGAACUUCCAUGUAAAGUCUUCAGCAUGUUUCGUGAGUAGAAAACUGGAUGAAAUCAAGAAUAUGCCCCUCAUGCUUACUGAAGAAUUUACAUGGCCACGAUGGGACUACACCAAUUAUGAUACAAUAGUAGAACAAGGAGACAGUAUAACAUUAUCUUGCCCCUACGACAGCAAAGGCACACGAAAUACUUUUAUAAACUUUCCUUAUCUAACUGAAUUGAAGACAUCAUGUCAUAAAGAAUACACAUUUGCAGUAAACGAUAAAUUCUAUAAGCUUACAGAUUUUCUUUGCAAUAACAAUAUUCAAGCUUCAGUAGUCAAAGAACAUACAAAAUGUUUGACUGAUACUUCACAACAGUUGACAGUCGGGUAUCGAGCAUAUGAAUUUGUAGAAACUUACAAAGUCUGUUUUGAUCAUGCAAAGAAUAUGCCUCUUUAUACUCGAACAUCACUCACGAAGACAGACGGUAAGAUAAACGGUGCCCACGAUUGGUUUACCUACCCAGAAAUUGGAAACCCAAGAUUGAAAAGUACAUUUACUUGUCAAGCUUGCUGUUAUAAUAAAACUCAUCUUGUCAACCCUAGAGAUUUUAAUUUCGACGCUGCUAAGAAAACUACUUUCAUUAAUUAUUUGAAUGAAGUCCCAUAUUGGCGUGCUUGUGAAAAUACUGCAAUGCAAACAACUUGGGAAGACAUAUCACAUAUGGUGAGGGAUCAGUUAAUUAACUAUGAUAACAUUAUAACCUGGUCUGGGACACAUACGUUUCAACAGAAACAUGGACUGCUCAUACCACGAUAUUUGUGGAAGGUGCUGAAGUUCGAAGAAGAUAUUAUAGCUUUAAUUCACGUGAAUGACCCAGCACCGACAGACUCGGAUAUAAAAUGCAAUGACAUAAGUCAAACAAAUGACAUGUUAUACUGGUUUUCAGCCAGUAAUAAAUACACUUAUUGCUGCGAUUUGAAUGAAUUCGUAGAUGCAUUUGGUUUGCAUGGGAUCGACUUUACAGGUAAGUAUAGUUAUCGGCACGAAUCUUGAGCUCUGACCUACAUCUGCGCAGAAGUGAUUAAUUAGCAAAGAACCAAUCCCGAGUGUCGGCUAUGACGCGAUGCUCUGCGGCCCAAUCACCGCUUUAGCCCGCCUCCGCGCCUGACUUCAUACCACAAAAGGGACCCAAUAAAUGACUUCUGCGCAGGUGAAGGUUCAAGAUACAUGCCGAUAACUAUAUCUAGGCUUUUUGUGGCCCUGCUUCACCUAGAAAUUGAAGGGAACUUUGAAUUUUUGAACCAUUGCAAGCUAUAUGUAAGAGUUCAUAGGUAUGAUAUUGACCAGAAGAAAAGAAAAAAAUAAUGUUUAAUGUUUUCAGAAUAAUGUUGGGGUUCACAAUCAAAACAAGAUAUUUUCCUGCUCUUUAUAAUACUGAAAUAUAAAGGUUUAAACACGUAUAUGUGGGAUUUGUAACAACAACAAGAUUCAGGAAAAUACAUUAAAAUAACCAUGAUGUAUAAAUAGAUUAUUAACCAUAUUGUAAAUUCAAUGCAAAUAAUAUAAAAUUCAAUCAUUUUAAAUAACAGUGGGUAAGUGAUUUAACCGUUUGAUAUAUUUACCUACAUAAUAACAAUAAAUGUCAUCAGAA